AUGCACGUCCUCCACACCAGCGAUGUGCCCUAUCCCAUCGUCGAGCACAUCAUCUCCCUCCUUUCUUGCUACGACGCCUAUACGUUGGCGCACGAGGAGAGGGAGCUGUCUGGGCACGAGCUGUUCCUCGGGCUGCUCAUUCUCCUGACUCCCUACUACUACCCGCUGAAGGAGAAGGAGGACGAGGACGAGCCAGACGAGCAGGACAAGUUCACGAACGAGUUCUGGUCUGAGAUCUCGGGAGUGACUUCGUUCCAUGCCAUGCACAUGCUGCAUUCGUACAUGCGUCUGGACGGUGCUCUCGGGCCACUCUAUCCGUCAGUCGGCGUUGAUAGCCUCCCGCAGAAGCAGCAUGAGCCGCUCGAGCUUCCCGAGAUCGUCUUCUAG